AUCCACGCCUCCUCGGCGCCAAAGCCCAACGGCAAUUACUCACACGUAGUCCGCGAGGGUAACACACUCCAUGUGGCCGGCUGGAUGGGCGACGACCCCUCAACAGGUUCCGUCGUUUCCGGCGGAAUAACACCUCAAACGCACCAAGCAAUCAAAAACAUCAAAGCCUGUUUGGAAGCUGCAAACUCUAGUCUCGAUAAAGUGGUCAGAAGAAGAAUCUAUAUCAUGGACAUGAAGGACUUCAGAGAGGUGGAUAGAAUUUGGGCAGAGUAUUUUGAUGAGCCGUAUCCUGUGAGCACGUGUGUGCAGGUUAGUGGGUUGGCUAAGGAGGGUGCAUUGGUCGAGCUGGAGGUUGUUGCU